AUGCAGAAAUUAGUGUGGUUUCAUAUUGUGCUACUUGUGUCGCCUUUGUUUGCAACUGCAUAUGACAAGCCGUCGAAAUCUUCAGACCAGACACGUAUGGUGAAGUCACCAGCUGUCGCACUUGCAUUAGCACCAUAUGUUGGUCUCGCUGUGGCACCACCGGUUUAUUUGGCUUUAGCUGCAGCAUUCGGUGUGGCAACGUUGGCUUACUAUGGAAUCACUCAACUUAGUAGCAACUCGGGUUGUCCACCAUGCCCAAAACCACGGCUACCACGUAUCGAUUAUGUACCACCCUCAAGACCACAUUAUCCGUGUGUUGGUACUCACAAGCACUACUAUGUAAUGCACCAAAAUCCGAAAACAUGUAAAUGCUACGAGGACGAAAGUCCAAAUGUGGAGUGUUUGGAAUAA